AUGUCAUUUGCCGGCGUAUCUUUCAUCGGCGGUGACGGACUGUCGACGCGAUCUACCCCAGCCACCACCGUCACCGACAGCGGCUACCACCUGCUUGUGGUCGACGGGUACUCGCGCACCAAAGAGAUCACCCAGAACGGCGACGAGAUAGAAUCUCCCCCUUUCAGAGUCGGCGGCCAUCGUUGGCGUAUCCGGUACUACCCCAACGGCAUAGACUCCGAGGUGGCUGACUACAUAUCCCUUUAUCUCUUACUUGAUGAUGAUAACGUCGCGGAGACGACUGUGAAGGUGCAGUUUGAUUUCAGUUUCGUUGACAAGGCUGAGAAGCAACUUCCAUCAAACAUCCAUGAAAUCGAAGUGACUAACUUCAGUAAAGAGAGCUUGUCUUGGGGUUACGAUGAUUUCAUGAAAAGAGAUAAACUGGAGAAAUCAGCACAUCUCAAGGACGACAGUCUCACCAUAAAGUGCGACAUCGUGGUCAGCAAGGAUGUUGAUGUCGAUAGAACUGGAGCCAAUACUGCCCCUUUUGUGGUGGUGCCAGCAUCUGACAUGAACCAACAUCUCAGCAGUCUACUUCAGUCUAUAGAGGGGUCCGAUGUGACCUUCGAGAUCAGCGGAGAGAUCUUUGCUACACACCGGUGCAUACUCGCCUGCAGGUCGACGGUCUUCAAGGGGCAGCUUCUUGGCUCCAUGAAUGAGGGCGCUGCGGCAGGUGUCGUACGCAUAGACGACAUGGAGGCACGAGUGUUCAAGCUCCUCCUUGGGUUCAUUUACAGUGACUCAGUGCAAGAGAUGGAGGAAGAAGAAGACGAUGUCAUGUGGCAGCACUUGCUUGUAGCGGCAGAUAGGUAUGAUCUCCUGAGGCUGAGGCUGAUCUGUGAACAGAAGCUGUGCACAUACAUCAGCAUGACUACAGGGGCAACGAUUCUUGCGCUAGCUGAGCGGCACCAUGGCCGUGGGCUCAAGGAUGCUUGCUUCGACUUCCUUAUUAGGGCUCAUGCCAAUCUGCAGGAGGUAAUGGUGCUUGGCGGCCUGGACCACCUAGCCAGCACCUGUCCUUUAGUCCUCAAAGAGCUCAUUGCCCAGCUUGUGUCACCUAAUAAGAAGGCUAGGAUUGAUGUCAACACAGCAUUCGUCGUGGUGCCGGCAUCUGAUAUGCACCAGCAUUUCACUCGCCUUCUCUAG